CUAUCUAAAGUAGGCACAAGAGAAAAGAAAACCAUAGUCUCAAUCAACACGUAAUUAAUAAAAACCAAAUAGUAGUUUGAAAAUCCAAGUAAAAAACAGAAGUAGAAUCUGGGUUUCUUUUUUGGUAGAGUAUACAGAUGGGGACUCUUCAAACAUGGAGAAAAGCAUAUGGCGCUCUUAAAGAUACCACCAAAGUCGGUCUUGCUCAUGUCAACAGUGAUUACGCGGAUUUGGAUGUUGCCAUUGUUAAAUCUACUAACCAUGUCGAGUGCCCUCCUAAAGAAAGGCAUCUUAGAAAAAUCUUUGUUGCUACAUCAGCGAUUCGGCCUCGAGCAGAUGUUGCUUAUUGCAUUCAUGCACUUUCCCGCCGAUUAGCCAAGACUCGUAAUUGGACGGUUGCAUUGAAAACACUCAUAGUUAUCCAUAGAGCAUUGAGGGAGGGUGAUCCUACUUUUAAAGAAGAACUUUUAAACUUCUCACAGAGAUCACGCAUUCUCCAAAUUUCCAAUUUCAAGGAUGAUUAUAGCCCUAUUGCAUGGGAUUGCUCUGCCUGGGUACGUACGUAUGCAUUGUUUUUGGAAGAAAGACUUGAAUGUUUUAGGGUUCUGAAGUACGACAUUGAAGCUGAGCGUCUCCCAAGACAUGCUCUGGGGCAGGAUAAGGAUUUCGGCAGAACCACAGAGUUGGAUAAUGGAGAAUUGUUGGAGCAACUGCCUUCUCUACAGCAAUUGCUUUAUCGUCUCAUUGGUUGCCAGCCAGAAGGUGCUGCUGUAGGGAACUAUGUUAUACAAUAUGCUUUGGCUUUGGUAUUGAAGGAGAGCUUCAAAAUAUAUUGUGCCAUUAAUGGCGGAAUUAUCAAUCUUGUGGACAAGUUUUUUGAGAUGCCAAGACAUGAAGCUGUCAAAGCUCUUGAUAUAUACAGGAGAGCUGGUCAGCAGGCUAAUAACCUUUCUGAUUUCUACGAAGUUUGCAAAGGAUUGGAACUUGCUAGAAAUUUCCAGUUUCCAACUCUCAGAGAGCCCCCACAAUCUUUUCUCAUUACCAUGGAAGAGUACAUUAGAGAGGCGCCACGUUUGGUUGCUGUUCCAACAGAAGUGCUUCUAUUAACAUACAGACCCGAGGAAGGUCCUUGUGAAGAUGCUAGAUUAUCCAAUGAUGAACCUGAGCCAUCCGUGCCUGUUGAUGAUGUUGGAGCUUCCACCGUUGUCACCGCCCCUCCUCCACCUCAAACCAACAUCGAUACAGUAGACUUACUGGGACUGGAUUAUUCUGCCCCGGAUGCCUUUGCAUUUGAGCAAAGUAAUGCUUUAGCCCUAGCCAUAGUUCCAACUGAUUCUGAUACUGCAUCGAACUUUAAUUAUGGUGCUGGUCAACCGAAUGAUUUUGAUCCGACUGGAUGGGAACUCGCCCUUGUCACUGCACCGAGCACUAACAUUUCUGCAGCUACUGAAAGGCAAUUGGCUGGCGGGUUAGACUCACUCACUCUCAACAGUUUGUAUGAUGAAGCGGCGUAUAGAGCUUCCCAGGAACCAGUAUACGGGACUGCGGCUCCAAAUCCAUUCGAGGUAAUUGACCCAUUUGCCAUGUCGAACAACAUUGCUCCCCUUACAACUGUGCAAAUGGCAGGAAUGCCUCAACUGCAACACAAUCCUUUUGGCGCUCACCAACCCUAUCCACAGCAGCCGAUGCAGGAGCAGCAUUUGAUGUUUCCCAGCACAUCGAAUCCGUUUGGUGAUGCAGGGUUCGGGGCAUUCCCGAUGAACUAAACGAUCCCUCUUGGUCAGCCUCUUGUCAAUAAUAAUCCUUUCGGGAACACAGGCCUAUUGUAGUGUUAAAUUUCUAGGGUCGAUGUGUUGUUUUGGUCGACCGGUCUCCGACGUGUUUCGGAGAUGAGCAAGUGUGUAGGCUGUUUUACUUUCACUCCACGGGUUCAAUGGCUUUCGCUUCAGCAUCAGUUAUUGCAUUUGUUUGGGUUGUAAAAAUCAGUGACUUAAAAGGUCUAUGAUUAGUAGUGA